CGCAUCCCCCCGCACGUGCUGGUGGACUGGGCCGUGCAGAUCGCGCGCGGCAUGCUCUACCUGCACCAGGAGGCCGUAGUGCCCAUCCUGCACCGGGACCUCAAGUCCAGCAACAUUUUGCUCCUUGAGAAGAUAGAGCAUGAUGAUGUCUUCAAUAAGACGUUGAAGAUCACCGAUUUCGGGCUGGCCAGGGAGUGGCACAGGACCACCAAGAUGAGCGCGGCGGGCACCUAUGCCUGGAUGGCCCCAGAAGUGAUCAAGUCCUCCCUGUUUUCUAAGGGAAGCGAUGUCUGGAGCUAUGGAGUGCUGCUGUGGGAGCUGCUCACGGGAGAAGUCCCCUAUCGCGGCAUUGAUGGCCUUGCCGUCGCUUAUGGGGUAGCGGUCAAUAAGCUCACUCUGCCUAUCCCGUCCACCUGCCCGGAGCCAUUUGCCAGGCUCAUGAGAGAAUGCUGGGAACAAGACCCUCACAUCCGCCCGUCAUUUGCCUUAAUUCUGGAACAGCUGACCGCUAUUGAAGGGGCCGUGAUGGCUGAAAUGCCACAAGAAUCUUUUCAUUCCAUGCAAGACGACUGGAAGCUGGAAAUUCAGCAAAUGUUUAAUGAGUUGAGGACAAAGGAGAAG